AUGGCGACACAAUCCGAGUCGACUCCGCUCUUGCCUAACAAGCCCGCUCGUCCUGCUCGCAGCGUCACUUUCAAUCCUACCAUUGCGACGAGCAGUCCACCGACCCGAAGACCUAUGUUUCCUUCGGCCUCUGCACAUUCAACAGGCUCCGUCACAACGCUAAAUACACCACCGAGAGAUGGCACCCAGCCCAUGCUCUCGGCUCUCAACAGCAAACUCCGCAGAAGAAAUAGUCAGGGCGCUCCACUGUCGAUAGGUCCCUCUGUUCCCGCUGCAAAGAUCGGUCCUCAACGCACAACAAGAACUGCCCAAAAACUAAAACUCCUACCAAACCCGGAACAUGGUGACGAUGGUCCCGACGAAGAGAGUGGUCGCGACGUUUACUCGCAGUUUACCAGAAUAAAGGAUCCCACUGCUCGUCGUGAUGCCGCAAGGUUAGGCAAGGACGAUAGAGACAAGCUGCCUCGUGUCACAGCAUACUGCACCGCCAGUUCAUACCGCAUGGAAGAUCUGUUGCGCUUCCUCAAGGGUCGCAAACUUAAGAAGGCUGCACCAAAGCAAUUCGACGAAUGCAUCUACACCCCGUAUCAAUACAACGCCAAGUCAGAACCGCAAAUCGAAGACGCAAAGGUCGUACAUUCUACUGCCCAACGUAGAUUUUCCGACAGUGCUAUUGAGGUCGAAAGUAAUGCUGAAAGAAGACGGGAAGAUUUGCUGGAUCUGCAGGAUGAGAGAGGAGAGUCGGCGAUACUGGACAAUCACGAGGCAUCGACGUCAAGUGAAGCUCUCCACAUGCCGCACAACGAAGGUCCCGACUUCGACACGACGGUCCACGUUCCCGAAGUCUUCUGCUUCGAGUACGGUGUUGUCGUGAUAUGGGGCAUGUCUGUCCAACACGAGCAGAAAUUCUUGAAGGAGCUGGCCAAGUUCGAGACCGAGAAGCUUUCAAAGGACGACAUACAACAAGAAAACUUCAACUUUUACUAUACCAAGGAGUACCAAGCUCGAAUCUACAACGACUUUAUCAGUUUGAGAGAGAAGAAGAACUACAUGACCAAGCUGGCCAUCAGUCAUGCUUUGGCACAAAGCACAAAGACAUCGUUGUAUGAGGACUUGGUAGACAACACGAUCGAUGUCAACAAAGAGAUUCCAGCACAAAUCGCGCUGACAGGUAAAGUCAAUCUGUCACGCAAGGAGAUCAACAUGCAGAUUGGAGAGCUAUUCAUCUUACGAAUAAACAUCCAUCUUCAAGGAUCAGUACUGGAUGCGCCGGAACUCAUGUGGGCAGAACCACAGCUUGAUCCGGUUUACCAGGCUGUGAGAAGUUACUUGGAGAUGGACCAGAGAGUAAGUCUCUUGACGGAACGACUAGACGUGAUUGCGGAUUUGUUGGCAGUGUUGAAGGAUCAACUGACACACUCGCAUGGUGAAUACUUGGAGUGGAUUGUGAUUGUGCUGAUCGCAGCCGAGAUCAUGGUUGCGGUCAUCAACAUUGUGGUGGAUUUGUACGCAGGCGUGGAUUGA